AUGGGCUCUAAGUCCUUUGAAUACAUUGAACUCUGGUACUUCAGCCCAGAUGGCUGCAAACACAUGGCCGACAAAGCCAAGUUGACAGUGGAUGGCACCUUCGGGUUCACCAAAGUCGAUGAUUUCAUAGCUUUAAAGGCAGUUGCCACUUUCAAACCCUCCCACAAAGCAAUCCAAGACCACAGCCUUGAAUGGAGACAGUUCGACAUGGCAAAGAACAGCUUCUUGCUGUACAUCAACAAGCUAAACUGGCCAGAGAAACAUCAACAUGCCCUCACCAUGUUUUUCAUGAAUAUCAUUUCACACCCACAACGCUCUGAGCUGUUCGGCGAACCAGCCUUACUCCUGUACACUGCUCAUGUCCACUGGGACUGGCAUGAUACUUCGACCCUCUACAAUGCAUUCGACAUUGGUAUCUUCAACUCCACACUGCUAAAGGGCCUGGCUGAAGAGGUUUGGAACAGAACCUGCCUUGAGAGCUUGACAGAGGUUCGUUUAACUCCCAUCAAACAAUGCUGCCAAAUACUGACCACCUUUUGUUUCUUUCACAACCCUUCAAAUCUACCACUACUGCUUCCACUUAUGCUUCUGCUUCCAUUUACGCUUUCUCUGAUGCUACCGCCUCCUGCUCCCUGUUCAUCGCUCCCUCACAUGCUUCCCCACUGCUGCUGA